AUGGCAAGCAAUUUAAUGUCAAUGCAGACCUCUGCUGCACAUGGCCACACGCCCACCAAUCGUCCCGGUCCUAUGCCCAUGCAGCAAAACGUUCUCUGGACAAAUGGCGACAGCUCCAGCGAUUCCAGUGACAGUGGACAGUCUCCAAUAGAAAUCCCACCACGGUGUUCGAGGUGCCAGCGUACUCCCAGCAUAGACAUUCAGACCGGCAAAAGCAACAUGGUGUCAUAUGGACUGAACAACUGGUACUGCAGUCGGUGUGCUGCCCUCGUCGGCUUCAAGCGCUGA